ACUGAAGCGCCCAAGCCUCGUUUAUGAUCACGAGUCGCAUUCCAUCAGUCACAAUCUUCAUUCUACAAUAAAAUCACCGCACAUCCUCCAUAUGCCCUGUUACGACCAUCCCCAACACAACUUCAUUCUGAUAUCUUUGUCAACGUCUUAAGCUGUCUCUAACUACUCCCCGAAGGUGCCCAUCAUCUCACCAACGCUCGAUACUUAUAAAGUCACCAUGCACGAAUCUGGUAUUAUAGCUUUGUCGCCGGACUACGAUCACCCCUCCAGAGCAGCGAGGCAGCUAAGGAGAUGUUCACGCUCAGGAGACGCUGUAGCUGCUAAACGGUCCACAUUGCUGGAGGUUGAUGUCUAGAGGCCUGGAGACAAUGAUACCCUCAAUCAGAGGAUGCGGUAACUGGGAGCUGGUCUUUGGUCAUAUUACAACAAGGAUGGGUCUUUGGUGGUAUGGAACGUCCAAUAUUUUGCUCAUUAUUGUUACAGGCGAGGUGGUCCAGUCGUCACCCGUCCUUCCGACAUCUGCGCAUCUGAAAUAUAACAUCGACACUGUCAAGGAUUACAUUGUAAACACUUCCGAUCCCCAUCUUAUCUCAUCUGUUCUUUUGAUGUCAACAAACGGUGCCGAGGUCGAUGGCCUCAAAGGUGGCAUCAGUGGUUCUAUCCUCAGAUUCUUCACUGGCGUCCUGCGACUAGAACAGGAAGUUUAGAUCCAUCCACGAAUUGCGACGAAAGACACUCAAGGCUGGAACCGCUGCAAGCCCAUUUCAGAAAGAUUGUUUCUGCACGCUGAGAGAAAUCACUCGCAGUUUGCAAUUCCGGGAGGGCUGAUUGGUGUUGGGACCAAAAUUGAUCCUACGCUAUGCGGAGCGGAUCAUUUUGUUGGUCCAGAUCGGUCAGCAAUGAGCAUGC